AUGGUUCGAUAUACCUCCACUAUCCUGGCCGCGGCCAGCUUCUCGCUUGCGAUCGCCGCUCCUGCCGUCCAGCAGCCAGUCUGCAAGGUUGUGACUGAGGUCGUCACUGGAAGCCCAAUCUGGGUCACCAAGACCGCUGAUCCAACCACUGCUGUCAGCAGCAGUGGCAGCUGGAGUGCCUGGGAUCCAACAACCAGCAGCAAGGUCACUACCUCAACCAAAACCACUACGACCACCAAGACCCCCACCGCCACCUCAAGCACCUCCAGUGACUGGGCAGUCUGGACUUCGAGCGCAAAUUCUACCUCCAGCACUUCCUCCAAGACGACCACGACCAUCAUCUGGAACACUUCCACCUCCAGCGCCACCACCACCAGCAGCAAGUCCUCUACCUCGGACGCCACCACCACUACCACCACCGCCGCCACCACGACGACUACUACCACUACCACCACUGCCACGCCAACCCCAACCUGCCCAGCUGACAACGGCGCCAAAUUCGGCGGCUCCUGCAACUGUGGUUUCUCUGUCUACUCCAACAGCAGAAUCACCGCCGACCUAAGCUCCGCCAGCUUCUUCGAGAAGACUCCCGGCGAGCUCGUCGACUCCCUCGAUACCUGCCUGAACUACUGCGACGAGAACGAGAACUGCAAGGCCGUCGUCUACGUCAACGACCCAGCCUACAGCUCCAGCACCCAGGACUACCUCCACUGCUGGCAGAUCAGCGGCGUCAAGGGUAACACUGUCACUGACGGCCAUGCCAACAUUGCUUACAAGAACUGCUGUGACGGUACUUGCGCCAGCAGCUAUGGUGCAUAA